UGGAUCGCAUAGAAAGUCGAUUGUGCUUGGCGAAUUCAGUUGUGAGACAAUUUUAGUCAAACGAGAUUUAGAUGAUCCAGAAGCCUAUUCCUUCGCUUUCUUGUCAACUCGCUUUCAGUUGUCUUUGUGUAAAAUUAGAGACCAGCAAAACUUUGCCAAAUGUUCUUUCAGUUGGUCUAGCUCGCUUGUCGAGGGGUCCGUUCUGCUUUAGGAUUAAAAACCAACGUGUACAGAAGUCUAGUCGACAACCACACAAAUUUCUUUGUAUAAACUCUGCUAUCUCUUCCCAGAGAUCUGUCCUGACACCUAAACUGAUACUGCCACAGCUUCGAAAACUUUUGAAAGAAUUGGGUCUCCAGGCUUUGGUAGUUGCCAAUACUGAUCCUCAUCUCUCUGAAUAUCCUCCAGCACAUUUUAAUAGGAGAGAAUUUGUUUCAGGCUUUACAGGAUCGGCUGGCACUGCCUUGGUUACAGAGAAAAGUGCCAUUCUAUGGACAGAUGGGCGAUAUUUUCUUCUAGCGGAGAAAGAACUGGAUGAAAACUGGAAACUUAUGAAAGUUGGUAUUGCAGGUUUCCCGACAUUAGAAGAGUUUCUAUCAGAAAACCUUCCAAAACAGUCAGUCGUUGGUAUAGAUCCCUAUUCCCAUUCGGUGUCGUUUGUUGAGAAUUUGAGUAAAAAGUUAUCCAUUAAGGAUAUUUAUAUUCGUCUUUUGGAUACAAAUCCAGUUGAUUUGUUGUGGAAUGUUGGAAGACCCUCGCUACCAACCGAUUCUAUUCGGAUACAUCCGUUAGAGAACGCAGGUCAAAGCUGUUUUGAAAAGUUGGAAGAUAUUCGAGUAAGAAUGCAAGAGUUGAAUGUGGAUAUGUUACUUGUGUCACUUUUAGAUGAAAUUGCUUGGGUUUUAAAUCUUCGUGGCUCAGAUAUACCGCAUUGUCCUGUAUUUUUAGCCUACUUCUUAGUUGGAUUCAAUCAGAACGUUCUCUAUGUGAAUCGUGAAAAGAUUCCAAGUUCGGUUGAGAGUUAUUUGUAUGAAUGCAAUAUUGAUAUAAAACCAUAUGAAGCCAUUUUGCCGGACUUGAAGAAAUUUUCACAAGAUAAUAGGAAAAUAUGGUACGACCCACUAAGCACCAACGCAGCGUUAGGUUUUGCAUGUCAACCAGGUGGCUUUCCUCAAUCGACACCGAUUUCGUUGAUGAAGGCUGUGAAAAAUGAUGCUGAAAUUCGCGGAAUGAGAGAAGCACAUAUUAGAGAUGGAGUUGCUUUGGUUCAUUUUUUGAACUGGCUUGAAACGGAAGGAAUUUCUAAUGGAGUUAGUGAGUUUGAAGCCGCAGAAAAGCUUUUAGAAUUUCGGUCGAGGCAUGCAGAAUUUGUCACCGAAAGUUUUCCAACGAUAUGUGGUUCUGGUCCCAAUGGCGCGAUCAUUCAUUAUCGUCCGAUGCCGAGUGAUGCAAGGCCUUUGAGUACGAAGGAGUUGAUAUUGUUAGAUUCUGGUGGUCAGUAUAUGGAUGGAACUACGGAUGUAACGAGAACAUUUCAUUUUGGAACACCAAGUGAAAAACAACGUGAAUGCUUUACUCGAGUAUUACAGGGCCACAUAUCUUUGGAUACAGCAAUCUUUCCCAAAGGCACUUUGGGAUGCUUGUUGGAUUCUUAUGCACGUCGGAAACUUUGGGAAUAUGGACUCGAUUAUCGCCAUGGAACAGGACACGGAAUAGGAGCAGCUCUAAAUGUACAUGAGGGUCCUCAUUCCAUCAGUCCUCGCAUGGGAAAUAACGUUUACUUGCGGCCUGGAAUGUUUGUAUCUAAUGAGCCUGGAUUCUAUGAAGAUGGUGAAUUUGGGAUAAGAAUAGAGAAUAUUCUUCUGGUGGUCGAGAAGGAUACCCCGUUUCGUUUUGGUGAUAUUCCUUUCUAUGGAUUUGAAGCUUUCACAAUAGUUCCCAUUCAACAGAAAAUGAUUAAAAUCGAAUUACUUGAAAAGCACGAAAUUGACUGGAUUGAUCGAUAUCAUUCUCGCGUGUGGAAGAUUCUAAACCCCAGAGUAGAAGAUGCUAAUGUGAAAGAAUGGUUGUGGAAAAGUACACGGCCUAUCUUAUCUACAAGUGAUAAGAGUUUUCCAGAACAGCAAUUUUCCACUUCACGUCGAAGCUUCCUUGGUUUCUUCUGUGGUCUUCUUGUAUCGUCUCUGUUACCGAAGAAGAAACAGCUACAGGCCGUUGAAAUGGAUAAUGAGUCUUUAUUCAUAUCGAAACAAGAGAAUAAGAGACCAAAGAUUGAUCCAAAGAUAUCUGAGCCAGAUAUUACUUCGAAAUGCUUUUUUGAUUUAAAAGUGGAAAAUCGUGGAAUGAAGAGAGUUGUCAUUGGAUUAUAUGGAGGAGUUGCUCCAAAGACUUCUCAGUUGUUUGCUGAUUUAUGCGACUGCAAUCGCUCAUUUAGUUAUUUGGGUUCUGAAGUUUUUCGAGUAAUCGAAGGAAUGAAUAUUCAGAUAGGACGAAAGUUUUCCUUAGAAGAAGUUGGUGACUAUAAAACAGCAAAUUAUGAUUUCUUGGAAGAUUGUUGUCAAUUUCGACACAAUAUGGAAGGCCUUGUUUCCAUGGUUCGGACGAAGCCUUCGAAGGAUCUUGAUUACCGUUUCUUUAUAAGUACUGCUCCAGCCCCUUAUUUGGACGACAAAUAUGUUACGUUUGGUAAAGUUAUGGAGGGCAUGGAUUGGGUUCAUGAAAUAGAAAGACUGAAUACUAAAAAGCCAAGCAAUCAGCCCAUUUUGAAAGUGAAAGUGGUAGCUUGUGGACAACAAAAAUUGUGAGUUGUGUGAUAAAAUUGGAAACGAUGAAGUAUUUCUUUGUUAUUAUUUUAUUGUAUUUCUUACAGUUUGUGGCUGCACUACAAGUGAGUUGUAGUC